UCGACCUUCCACGGCACUCGCUAGUAGUUUCCAACAAGCUCAAAAGAGUAGUGGUGGAGACUAGAGAUCGACUAGUACUUGUUUCAGCAAAGAGACCCUAUAUGGAGCUCUUUGGAAGAACCAUAAAUAGAUAGAACAGCUCUAUAUUUAUGGAUCAGUAUAUCCCGGAGGUGAACCAUGGCACAAGCAAGAGUUCGAGGACGAGAAGCCCUGCCCCGUUUUUGUCGAAGACGUACGAUUUGCUAGAGGAAGAAGAACAAGAAGACGCAGACGGUGGCGGAAGGAGAUCAAUUGUGUCGUGGAAUGGAGAGGGAAAUGGGUUUAUAGUAUGGUCUCCGGCUGAGUUUUCAGAGAUCUUGUUGCCUAAAUACUUCAAGCAUAAUAACUUCUCUAGCUUCAUUCGCCAGCUUAAUACCUAUGGAUUCAAGAAAACAUCCCCAAAACGAUGGGAAUUCAAACACGAGAAAUUCCAGAGAGGCUGCAGGCAGAUGCUCCUAGAGAUCAAUCGGAAGAAAUGCGAACCGAGCGCUUUCCCGGUGUACCUAAAGGCUUCUGAAGAGAGCACUAGUGCUACUGGCCUCAACCGAAGCUUGAGCAAUGCAUCAGAACAAGAUAAUCAGUCUCUGCAGCUAAUGGAGGAGAACAGAAACCUAAGGAAGCAGAAAAUGGAGCUUCAAAUGCAACUUUCUCAGUUCAAAGCACUAGAAACCAAGCUGUUGGAUUGUGUAGGUCAGUAUAUGCAAGACCAUCAAUAUCGAUGAAAAUAAUAGUACUAGCUAGCAGUGAUGGCAGUUUCCUCAUGAGGUCUGUGUUAAAUGUCAAACCAUGCAUGCUUGUUGACCAAAAUCUAAAACUUCAAAAUCAAAGUUGAAUAUGCCUGCUCUCUUUCGUGGCUUUUAUAUAUUAGAACGAAAAGAUGAAAGAUUAUUGAGGACUUCAGUUGGGUUCUUUCUAGGAUGAUGCUUACUAGCUAGUAUAUAUAUUACAUCCGUAUUAUUUUAUCUAGCUAGCUUUUUGGACUCGUUUGAGUCUCCCUUGCUUGCCCUUCCUUGUACCCUUCAUUAAAUUCGUCAAAUUAUACGUAACAAUGUAAUGAUUGGUCUAUAUACUGUGAAAUGCAAUGACAAUGUUGAACUAUGUUAAACUAUAAUAAUACCACGUAUUUACUCAUAAAAAACCGAAAUUUAUAAGAUUUGUCUAUUAUAGACCGAUGUAUAUUAUGUACUAAAAAUUAUGUAGUUGAUAGUUUACUUUACUUCACCAACCGCAUUCACAAUGCAUUGAUACC